AUGGGCAGCAAUGGCUCCCACGACAUUGCCAGAGAAAGUCAAGAAGAGGAGGCUACUCCUUUGGGAGCUAGCAGACAGUUGCAAGCUCAAGCUCGGCUCUCUAACUCUUUUUCAAGUAACGAUUUGAGUUCAAUGGAUGCAGAGGAGAGCACGUAUGAAUCCUCCCCAAGAAGCUUAGGAUCUGAUCAAACGGCUUCUUCCAAGACCAGUACUUCAGACUCAGAAGAUCAUUCAAGAUCAGCUACACAUGUACAUUGGCAUGGCUUCUUUCGAAUGUUGAAGAAAGGACCCCAGAAACUGACCAGGAAGAAAAGCAAAAGGAUUAGAGAGGAUUUGGUUCCAGAACCAUUGAAUUCUUCUAUAGAUAGUGAGUUUUGCUGCUUCAAGUCUUCCUGGAAGAACUUCACACUCUCAGAGCUCCAAGCUGCAUCCAACAACUUCAGCCAUGAGAAUUUGAUAGGGGAGGGAGGCUAUGCCGAAGUUUACAAGGGUGCAUUGGAAGAUGGGCAGUAUGUUGCAAUCAAACGGCUGAGCAGAGGAACCCAAGAAGAGAUGACUGCUGAUUUCUUAUGUGAGCUUGGGACUGUGGUCCAUGUUGAUCAUCCAAACAUUGCUAAAUUGAUUGGAUAUGGGGUUGAAGGGGGGAUGCACCUUGUUCUUGAGUUAUCUCCCCAUGGGAGCCUAGCCUCUAUUCUAUAUGGCCCAAGGGAGAAAUUGGAUUGGGGCAUCAGAUAUAAGGUUGCUUUGGGGACUGCAGAGGGCCUUCUGUAUCUUCAUGAGGGAUGUCAGAGGAGAAUUAUCCACAAAGAUAUCAAGGCUUCGAACAUAUUGCUUGCAGAGGAUUUUGAACCUCAGAUUUCCGAUUUUGGGCUUGCAAAAUGGCUUCCCGAUCAAUGGACUCACCAUAUUGUAUCAAAUUUUGAAGGCACAUUUGGGUACCUUCCUCCAGAGUACUUCAUGCAUGGAGUUGUAGAUGAGAAAACUGAUGUCUAUGCUCAUGGGGUGCUACUGCUAGAGCUAAUCACUGGAAGGAAAGCUCUGGAUAGCUCACAGCAAAGCCUUGUGAUGUGGGCUAAACCUUUGCUUUCUAAGAAUAGUAUCAAGGAGCUUGUUGAUCCAUGUCUUGCUAAUGCCUAUGACUUAGAACAGAUGAAUCGUCUAGCCUUGACAGCUUCUUUGUGUAUACAUCAGUCUUCAGUUCAUCGCCCUAAAAUGAGCCAGGUUGUAAAGAUUCUGAAAGGUGAUGACCAGACCUUAGAGCUUGUAAAACAAUGCCAACAAUCCAGACUUCAAAGGACAUACUUCGAGGAGCUGUUUGAUGCAGAAGAGUACUCAACUAAUAAGACUUUGAAUGAUCUGGAUCGACAUAUGGAGACUGUUUUGGGUGUCUGCAAUGAUGUUUAA